GCAAAACGCACUGCACUUAUAACAAAGUUGCACAAAAUCUUGUUAGUUUUCCCAACACUCAGCAAUGGAAACGAGUCAAAUCGCCAACUUCUUCAAAAACCAAACACUUUUCCUAACCGGAGGAACCGGUUUUGUUGGCAAACUAAUCCUCGAAAAACUCCUUCGGGAAUGUCCCGAAAUCAAAAAAAUCAUCCUAAUUUUGCGCCCCAAAAAAGGCAAAACGUCCCAAGAACGAUUCGACCAACUCUUUGACUUGCCUUGUUUCGAAUUGCUCAAAUCCACGAAUAUCAACUUUUCGGAGAAAGUCUUUUUGGUCGAUGGUGACUGUCAGGAGCCUUUUUUGGGCCUCAGUGCCCAAAAUUUGGACUUGUUGCGUGAGGAAGUGACGUGUGUUAUCCACGCUGCUGCCAACGUUAAAUUCGACCAAAGUCUCAAAGAGGCAGCUUUCAAUGUUCGAGCGACUCGAGAUUUGCUCGAGUUGGCCAAACAGAUGCCAAACUUGAAGAGCUUCGUUUACGUCUCGACUGCUUAUUCCAACUGUUUGAACGCUCACAUUAAGGAAGAUUUCUACAAACCACCCUUGAAACACGAUAAUUUACUAUGGUUGGUCAAUUUUCUCAACGAUGAUGUUUUGACAAAAAUAACACCCUCUUUGUUGGGCCCUUGGCCCAACACUUACGUCUACACCAAAUGCAUAUCUGAGGAUUUAGUCAAAUCAGCUAGUACUAGCCUCCCGAUUGCCAUAGUACGCCCAGCUAUCAUUAUAAGUGCGUUCAAAGAACCAAUCCCUGGCUGGAUUGAUAACUUCUAUGGAGUUGUUGGUCUAGUUUUAGGUGUCGGUUUGGGCGUGAUACACAGCUUGCAUCUAAAAUUAGAUGCAAAAGCGUUAUUAGUACCUGUCGAUUAUGUUGCAAAUUUAAUUCUCGCAGUCACUUGUAAAACAGGACGUGACAAAUCGAAAAAAACACGCAUUUAUAAUUACGUAAAAAUGAGGAGGAAUGACUUGACUUGGGGAGAAUUUUUGAAAAUAAUCGAAGGGUACUAUUGGAAUUAUGCGUCCGUUAAAUGUAUCUGGUACUACAGUUGUCAAUACGUCGAGAGCAAACGCUGGCAUGACAUACGUAUUUUUUUCUUGCACACGGUUUUGGGAUACGUCGUCGAUUUUGUGUUGUUUUGUCUCGGAAGACCUACACUCGCCGUCAAAAAUUACGAAAGAUUGAACAAACUUUUGGAAUGCACUUCGUUUUUUGCGAUCCGGAAUUGGAGUUUUGACGAUUCCAACGUACGACGAUUAUGGAAUGAAUUGAGUGAUGACGAUAAGAAAACUUUUGAAUUUUAUUGCGACCAAAUGGAUUUGAAUAGUUAUGCCUUCGAUAGUAUUUUUGGAGGAAGGCAAUUUUUGUUGAAGGACUCACAAGACACGAUUCCUCGUGCGAGGAAAAAAGUGAAGAUUUUAUUUGUGGCACAUUAUACUCUCCUUGCAAUCUUUUGGUUUUUGGUUUACCAGCUUUUGAUGUUUCUCUUUAGUUUGAUAUUUUUGUGAAUUUUGAUUCGUUUUUCAAUACAAUUUGAAAUAACAAA